GUCAAGCUUCAUAGAGAAUGUUUCAGAGAAAGUUCCAUGGAGCGGGGCAUGUAAGUUCCUGACCAGUAUGAAGCAAGGAUUUCACAAAAGAACUUACAGCCAAAAUCCCCGCUGCUGUAGGCUUAGAAGUCUUGACAGAACUACAGGAAGGGGGAAAAGAGCCCUUUGGAGAAGGCAUGGCUUCCAGAGAAGAGACUGUGAAGAGCACACACAGGGUGCUCAGAAUUCAGUUGGAUGCACUUGAAUUGAACAAGGCCCUGGAGCAGCUGGUGUGGUCCCAGGUUACUCAGUACUUCCAUGGACUUCAGCCAGGGCUGUUAGCCCAGUCUGAACCUGAGCUAAAAGCCCUCUCGUGGCUUUUUUUAUGGCGAGUCACCUUUUACUCUAAAAAUGCUACUGUGCGACAGUCAGUUUUAAGUAUUCAGUACAAAAAUGAUUUUUCUCCAACCCUGAGAUACCAGCCACCGAGUAAAAACCAAAAGCUCUGGUAUGCUGUCUGUACAAUUGGUGGGAAGUGGUUAGCAGAACGAUGCUACGAUCUGUUUCGAAACCAUCAUUUAGCAUCAUUUGGGAAAGCCAAACAGUGUGUAAACUUUGUGGUUGGACUUUUGAAAGUGGGGGGGUUGAUUAAUUUCUUGAUUUUCCUCCAAAAAGGCAAGUUUGCAACUUUGACGGAACGUCUCCUAGGAAUGCGGUCCGUAUUUUGCAAGCCCCAGAACGUGCGUGAGGUUGGCUUUGAGUAUAUGAAUAGGGAGCUUCUCUGGCAUGGUUUUGCAGACUUUCUUAUUUUUCUCUUACCGCUCAUCAACAUCCAAAAGUUGAAAGCGAAGUUGUCUUUGUGGUGCAUCCCCCUUACUGGUGUUUCUAAUGGUGACAGCUCAUUAGCCAACAGCAGGAAACAAUGUGCUCUGUGUGGAGAGUGGCCCACCAUGCCCCACACCAUAGGCUGUGAGCACAUCUUCUGCUAUUACUGUGUUAAGAGCAGUUUCUUGUUUGACAUGUACUUUACUUGUCCUAAAUGUGGCACCGAAGUACAGAGUGUGCAGCCACUUAAAUCAGGAGUUGAGAUGUCAGAAGUGAAGGCUCUUUAGUAACUAAAAUGGUUUCCUCUGAGGAAAACUGUGUUAUGUUUAAAUCCGCAGUAUUAGUCACCCUGAG